CUCGUUUUCACUUCAAUUUCAAGAUGGCUGUGCAGCAACGUGAUAAAGAAUGGAUUUCAUUCGAUCCAGAGUUGUCUGAAGUCAUCCUCGAUGCCUUAAGGAUCAGUAAUUUCUUGCAUCCAACACCUGUUCAGGAAACUUGUAUUCCAUUGUUUAUGUCCAACAAAGAUGUAGUGGCUGAAGCUGUUACUGGAUCAGGAAAGACACUAGCAUUUGUAAUUCCAAUUAUAGAGAUUCUAAUGAAAAGGGAAGAGAUGCUCAAGAAACAUCAGAUAGGUGCUGUCAUCAUCACCCCAACACGUGAACUUGCAAUUCAGAUUGAUAAAGUUUUGCAGCUUUUGCUCAAAAACAUAUCUUUGAGCCAUCAUGUAUUCGUUGGAGGAACAGAUCCUAGUGCAGAUGUUGAAAGAUUCAAAACUGAAGGAGCACACAUUGUUGUUGCCACCCCUGGUAGACUUGUGGACUUGCUGCAGCGGAGGCAAGAUACGAUUGAUUUUCGGUCAUGUCUCAAAUUCGUUGAUAUUCUUGUCCUUGAUGAAGCUGAUAGGCUGCUUGAUAUGGGUUUUAAAACCAGCAUCAACACAAUACUGAGUUACCUUCCAAAACAAAGAAGAACGGGCUUGUUUUCUGCAACACAAACAAGGGAAACCGAAGAUCUUGUAAGGGCUGGAUUGAGAAACCCAGUCAAAGUGGUUGUCAAGGAUCAAGAUUUAACUUCGAAUGAAAGCCGUACGCCAAGCUCUCUUCAAAACUUUUACAUGAUUUGUGAAAUCCAAGAGAAAUUUAGUCAGUUGGUAGCCUUUUUGAAACAACACAAGGACGAAAAGCACAUCGUCUUUUUCAAUACCUGUGCCUGUGUUGAAUAUUUCUCAAGGGUUCUCAAAUUAAUACUGAAAAAGGCAGAUCUUAUGUCGCUCCAUGGGAAGAUGAAAGGAAAACGUGGCAAAAUCUUCGAUCUUUUUCAGCAGAAAAGCAAGGGCAUUCUGGUAUGCACUGACGUUAUGGCAAGAGGUGUUGAUAUCCCAGAAGUCCAUUGGGUCAUCCAGUUUGACCCUCCCAGCAGUGCUAGUGCUUUUGUUCAUCGUUGUGGAAGAACAGCAAGAAUAGGAAAUAUUGGAAAAGCAUUGGUUUUUCUAAACCCAGCCGAAGAGUCGUUUAUAGAGUUCAUAAAAAUUAACCAAAAGGCACCUCUUGAAGAAUUUGAAAAAAUUGAUGAUGCACAAAAUGUUUCUUCGAAACUGAGAAAAUUUGCUUCAAAAGACAGAGAUUUAUAUGAAAAGGGGAUACGAGCAUUUGUUUCAUUCGUUCAAGCUUACAAGAAACAUGAAUGUAGUCUUAUAUUUCAAUUCAAAGAACUGGAUAUCGGACAACUUGCAAAUGGGUUCGGAUUACUUCAUCUGCCAAAGAUGCCAGAAAUUAAGAGAGGCGUUAUUGACGGUUUUCAAAAUACAGAUGUUGAUAUAAACUCGAUACCAUACAUUGAUAAAACAAGAGAAAAACAAAGACGGCUUAAGUUAAAUGAAAAAGAGGAGAAAAAAGACAUGAAUGAUAAAGAUUUCAAGCACAAAGACAAGUCAUGGUCCAGAGAGAGGGAGAAGAAGGUAAAAAAGCAACUCCGCAAAGAGAAGAAGGAAAAUCUAAAACGUAAAAGGGGGUUUGCUGGACAUAAAUUUGAUGAUGACGAUGUUGAUGAGCUCAACAGGGAAGUAGGCUUAAUGAAGAAGCUAAAAAAGGGGAAAAUUACAAAAGAGGAAUUUGACAUAGCUAUUAAUGAUGUUGUUGACGAUGAUUUGACAUGAUAUUGCACUUAAUUUAUUAUUUUUACAGAACAGUUAUUCUUUGUACAAAUUAUGCUUUGGAUCGUUUGUAUAAUUAAUUUAUAUUUGAAUAAAACAAUUUAACAGAUCUUCUAAACAUUAGUUCAACUUGGCCUACAGAAUGCAACAAUGCUUUCCAUGCAUCUUUAUGUUUAUUUCAGUUUGUUCAUCAAUGUUAGCUUGCUUUUUUUCUGGUUACCUUAUUUCCUCUAAUAAACCCUUUUCUUCAAUAAAUGCUGCAUACCGCAGAGCAGUGCUCUAUUAAAGAAAUGACAGAAAUAUGCUAAACAUUAUAUGGUUCAUUCUGCAUUUUAUGUAACAAUAACAAAAAACGAGGUCCUUUUAAACUCCUUAUUCCUAAGUUCCCAUAUCAAGCCAAAAUGCCCAAUGUCUGUUCUGCCUCUCUUCGUCGAGUGUACUUUUCAUCAACUUCUUUAACUUCUUUGGUUUGAGAAUAAGAAUAGUGCAAGAACAGCCCAGCUUCUCGUUUGUGCUUAUCCUGUAGCUUUUGAAAAUGUUGAAUAUGUAUAUAGUUUUGUGGCAAAUAACUUACAAAUCAUGUACAAUUUUCUCAAUUAGCAUCCAAGGUUGAAUUUUUA